AUGCCUUUUUUAAAUAAUGUGCUGAAUGUAAAAGAAUUAAUAAUCAAAUUGAAGAGCACACAUUUUGUGCGCGCAGGGGCUGUAUGCAAAUUACAUAUAGAGUGUGCCCGGUCAGCGGUUUUAGAAUCACACCAUGUAAACAAAACGUGUGCCAAUAGACUCUUUAGGAAAGAGCGUAGGAAGAAAUUAUCACCAUUCUGGAGAAGCGGAAAAAAUGGACAUGUCGCAAGGGGGAAAAAGAUACACAAUGUUACAUCGCUGAAGAGGAAACCCCACUUUGGAGCGAUAUCAAGAAACAAAUGUCCCCUGCACGAAGUUGAAAUAGACCUAUUAAAUGAGGAAUUAAAAAGUGUGGAAAAAAAAAUGAAUGAAAAAAGAAUAGUGACAAAUGAAGAUAAGGAAAUUUCCCUAGCGCAUUUUAAAUACCCAAGUCAAAAACUUUAUAAAGCAAAUGAAGAAGAAAUACAAUUAAUUAAAAAAAGUGAAGGACAAUAUUAUUUACCCUUAGAAUGUGAAAAUAGUACAAUUGUAAGGCUCGUAAAUAUAAAGAACAAAGUAUCGUCUCCCAUUUUUCGAUGCGUUCGUAAUAGUAAAUUUGGGUUGAGAAAAAAUGAAAGAGUCUUCUUCUUUUUCUAUUCAUCUUUUAUUUGCUCUUUCUGUUUUUUUAUGGGUCUUUGGCAAUACAAAAAAAUGGGGAAGAAAAAAUUUCUAAUUGAUUAUAUUAUGCACAAUUUGAGCCAACCAGUUAUAAACAUUACUGAUUCGGAUUUCCCAUGGUUUGAUGAUUUUUCAGAUUUGAAAAAGAAUUACCAAAUUUUGCAACAACAAGAAAGGGAAGAUUAUUUACUGAGAAAUAUCAACUUGCAAAAUUUAGCUCGAAAGUUAAUAUCAUUUUAUGAGAGGAUAAAAGGAUCCCCAGAUGAGGUGUUUACAAAAGGGGAUAUAUCAACCUGUGGUAAAAAAAGUAGAGAGGAUAUCACACAUAAGGACGAAGAAGAGAAGCAUGUAAAAAUAUUAAAUUGUAAUGUUUCGCAUGAAGAGGAGAACAAAUUAACUCUCGAUUUGGAAAAUGCUGACAGUGUUCAUCAUUGGAUGAGUAGAAUAAGAAACGAAAACUUCGUAACCCAGUUUUGCAGAAAAGUUUUUCCAAAAGGUGUAACAGAAGAGGAAUUGAAAAAACUUAUAAUUGAGAAGUACAAAUAUAGGAAAGUGCAGAUAACUGGAGUGCUGGACACAACAAAUGAAUUUUUUGUGGGACCUAAAAUGUAUGAACAUGAUAAGAAGAAAAAAUAUUAUUAUGUAAUUUGUCCCAUGUUUUUAAAAGAUGGGAAGUGUAUACUAGUAAAUAGGGGAUUAAUGGCUGAAGGUAUGUUGGAAGAGAAAAAGAAAGAAAUUCCUAAAGUAGUGACAGUUAGGGGGGUGUUAGAUCCUGGUGAGUUAUACGAAUGUUCCUUUAGAAAAUUAAAAAACCUUUCCAACAAAAAUGUGUACAGCAAUUAUUUGUACUAUUAUGACACUGCAGAAAUUUGUCACUAUGCAAAUGUUGCACAUUUCGAGGGUUCCGCUUUUUUCAUUGCCAAUAUAUAUGAUAUAAUCGUUCACGAAGAUUAUAAUAGUGAAAUUAUAAAGGGUCAUUAUUCUAAUUGCAGUGAGGAAGGCAUCAAGUUGGCGAACUCUCAUUUGGAAAAACUGAAUGGCAUUACAUUAGAGGACAUGGAUAGAGAGAGUCAAGAAAGGAUAAAACGUUUGUUGAAAAUGGGUCCUAGUAGUGGUGGUGGAGCAAAUGAUAAGAGGAAAGGGAAUAUGUCUUCUCUCAAUGGAAAACCUUUUCGAUAUGAUGAACAUUUUAUACAUAAAAAGAAAAGGGAGUAUUUCAAAUUUUAUGCCGAUGAGACAACACAUUUUAAUUAUGCUUGCCAGUGGUUUCUUUUUUCUUUUGUCUUUUCAACCAUCUCUAUGUUUAAGUUUUUUCAGUUCAAGAAGUGGAUUUUUUGA